ACAGGAGGGAGGAGGAAUAAACCUGUCAGAGGUAGUUUUGGGGCAGUUUGAUAAAAUGUGUGAAUCCUGAACAGCCUGAUACAAAUUUUUGUGUAGCUGAUGAGCCUCCACACUUCAGCCAAUACACCUGUGAAGACUUUGCUGCAUGCUGGGACAGCAAAAGCUUUUACCUCUUACAGGUGACAUGCUGGUCACCCUUGACAUUUUCUCCUCGAGUUUGCGGCGCCCGCUUGAUCCUCUCCCCUCCCGAUAGUAACGGGAGGGGUCCGGAACAUCCAGCAGGCCCCAGCGGGGAAGGGAAGUACCCCAGAGGCGGGGGAGCUGGCGGGAACACCCGGCACAAGGGACAUCGGGCAGAGGGACACCCGGCAGAAGUGACAUCCAAUAGACGUGACACCCAGCGAGAAGUGAAACCCGGCAGAAAUGACACCCAGUAGAGAUGAUAACGCGGCCGUGGUGACACCGGGCAGAAGUGACACCCUGCUUGGGGAGGGCUGCCCCUGCGGUUGUCCCGCUGCUCCUGAUGGAGCGUUCGGGGUCCGAAGAGCAGGAAUGAGGAGCUCCGGCUGGGCAGCCGCCUCCGCCCUGAGCGUCGUCCUAGGGCUCGGGAUUUACUCUUGAACCUGCUUCCAGGGACCGAUCCCCUCUGCAGUGUGCGGUAACCCCUUCCGGCCAACUCCCUUUCUCCUCCUUCCUAGAGCAUCAAUGUGCUGGCGGGGUCAUGUGUUUAGUCUUUGAUGCCUUUAAUCCCACCCUCAGCGCCCGAGAGGGAGGCGGGAAAUCCGCGGAAGAGAAGUGAGCCACACGCCGAGAGCAGGAUCCCGGCGGGUACGGAGCUGCCUGCGGGAGGGAAGCGGGAGCGGCCGUGCGGGGCUGCUCAGCGGAUCGGGUAAAUCGCCCGCUCGGAUCGGGCUGUCUCGGGGUAAUGCUUCUCCUUCCCCUAUGGGGGAUAACGGGGAGGUGCACCGAGACUGGGAGAACACGGAAAGGGGGGGGCAACGAAGUUAUGGCUGGUGAGCAGCCACAACUGCUCAUCAGAGCUGGGCUUGGCUGCUGUGGUUGCGGCACCCGAGCCGGCAGGGAAGUGGAAACCCUGCAGGGAUCGAGGAGAUGUUUCCGUGCUUGCUCCGGGGAUGUGCCUGUACAUGGUGACGAGCAGAAGGACAAGUGGCCAGAGCCUGGCCGGGCCUCAAGAAAUGGCUCUUUCCUUAGGGAAGGCUUGGACAACCUGGGCAGGUUUGGCAGCAAAGGCCCCAGUGGUACCCUGCAGUCCAGGGAGAAAGAUGCAUUGGAAGUGAAGAACUGAGGGCAUGAGCAGUGCAGGAGUGCCCUCCUUCUGCAGCAGUUAUGUCACACCGAGCCUGGCAGCUUUGUGGGAAGUGGUGCCAUUGGUCCAGCCCUUUCAUCCAUCUCCUCACUCUGACUGUGGUGACUUUUGGUGUGCUGGCACCUUUGAUCUGCCACCAGCUUCUCCACUCUUACUUCUACUUGCGGCAUUGGCACCUGAACUCCAUGAGCCAAGAGUUCCUGGAGCAGAACCAGCAGGAGGGUCAGGAUGCCCUCCAUUACUUUGAGAAGAUGCAGAUGUCAAAUGCCUCUGAGGCCUCUGGCAGUGACACCUUCCAGCCCUUGCUGCUGAUCACCAUUAUCACAGUGCAGAGGCGGAAUGAUUUCCACUAUGUCUUGCAAGUGGCCUCCCACUUCCACCGCCUCCUCCAGAAAUGUGGGGUGCAUUGCCAGAGUCACCGCAUGCUGCUCUGUAAUGUGGAGUCAGACCCCAGCAGCCAUCAGGACGUUAGGCUGCUGAGCAGCCUCUUUCCUAUAGUCAGUCGUGACAGAACUGGAGAGAAUCCUGACCCCAGCCUGAACCAGUUUGAGAAGGAGAAGCAGGACUAUGUCUUCUGCCUUGAGCAGUCACUGUUGGUGUACAACCCAGAGUACAUCCUCCUUGUGGAAGAUGAUGCUGUGCCAGAGGAGGAGAUAUUUGCUGUCUUGCAGCACCUCUUCUCGGCCCGGUUCUCCAAGCCCUACCUCAGACAUGCUCUCUACUUCAAGCUGUACCAUCCCGAAAGGCUCCAGCGCUACUUCAACCCUGAGCCCAUGAGAAUCGUGGAGUGGCUGGGCCUGGGCAUGUUCCUGGGGCCGGUGCUGACCUGUGUGUACUGCUGGGCCGCAGGGCGGGCAGGCCCCAGCUGGUGCCUGGUGGCAUUCUUUGCCUUGUACAGCAUGGCCCUGUCGGAGCUGGUGGGGCGGCACUAUGGGCUGGAGCUGCGUCGCCUGCACCCCGCGCUCUACAACGUGGUGCCAGCCAGCGAGUGCUGCACGCCCGCCAUGCUCUUCCCUGCUGCCUCUGCGCGCCGGGCCUCGGGAUACCUGCAGGGGCUGCGCUGCCGCCAGGGCUUUGCCAAGGACACUGCCCUCUACUCGCUGCUGCGAGGCAAGGGCGAGAAUGCUUUCGUGGUGGAGCCCAACCUGGUGCGGCACGUGGGGAUGUACUCCAGCCUCCGACUGAACAGCAACCCCCCGAAACUGCUGUGAGCUUCUCCUGCCUUGCCACACAGAAAACACCCAGGGCACUUGACUUGCCAUGGGGCAGAGGCACAAUGUGCAAACUUGGGUCCUGUGCUGCUUGCACUGGGCAUCCUGUGUCUCUAUGUGAACAAAGAAUAACUUUCUCUAAAAGUACAAGUUUUCUUAAAAAAUCAGCUUAUGUACACACAGACCCCAUUUAAUAUGAUCUUGAAACUAAUCACUGUGCAUCACCUGGGAGGGGAGUGGAGGGUUCCAGUUCACUCUCCUUAACCAUUCCCAAAGAAAAGCUCUCACACCAAAACAUGUGCAGCUUUCCUGCCUACUCUCCUGGACAGUGGUUACAAAAAUCCUCAUCUUAGGGCACCAGAAAUGCUGGACAAAGUAAAUGUUUCAAAUUUAAGCUAAUGAGGAGUGGAAGGCCUUAUUUCCCUGUCCUUACUAAGGUCUGAUUUCUAACCUGUCUGUGUUCCAAAGCUGUGGCUUAGACCAGACCCCUCAAAAGCAGAAGUGGUUUGCAGGAACUUUCCCACAAAUUCUGCUUAGAUACUUCAAAUUUAUAAAGUCUCUUUAGUUACUGUCUCCCCAUCUGCACCUCCACCAUUCCCACUUCUUUUGCUUCCACCAGAGGCUCUUAAAAACAAAACCUCUGCUGCUUCAUUAAAGGUCACCUCUGAGAGUAGGGACAGGAAAGCAGACUCACAGACACUGGUGGCACACAGAUGGGUCACAAAUGCACAUUUUCAUUCAUACAUAACACACGUUGUACACAAUGAUUGUUGUGUUGGUUGGGAUCAUCACUCGUACUGGAUCCAUUAAAAGAGGUCUUAUCAGCCACUGUAUGAACUUAGACAUUCAACAUGAAUUUAGCUUGACUUUCCCUCAGCACAGAGGCAAAGGAAAUAUUAGAUCAAGUGCUGUUGUUGUGCAGGAUCUUUGUUCAUUCUGGAGCUGUAAUUCACAGCUCAGCUGGAGUGGUUCAUUCACUGCUCCUGGCAGAAAGCAAAAUACCUGUGGGAAAAACAGCUGUUCACAAGAACAAGCAACAAUAGCACAGCACUUCAAAGAGCCACUCUGACAGUGACCAUGUGUCCUGAUUGUUAGACAUCUGGGAUAGGUACUUUGCACCAGGGCUGUGGACACAGUUAAAUAUAAAAUCUUGCAGAUGACAAGAGACCUCAUACUGAAUAAAAACAGGCAAAAAUUGGGUAUAUCUGAUGAAAAGCUGACUUUGGCUUUAGUGAGCUUUGAUUCAAAUUCACUUCAAGGUGGCAUUUGGUUGAACUAUUUUUAAAACCAUAUUCCUUGCUUUGGAAUGAACCAAGUAAAUAUUUUCUGUUGAGUUUCAUCAGUGGGAGUUGUUUGGGGUUUUCUUUUUGGUAAUGGAAGGGCUCUGCUUUGAAUUUUCUUCUCCUAGUUCUCUCCCAGGUGAUUGAUGCCUUAAGUUCUUAACAAGCCUGAUUAUAGGUGAGAAAUACCUAAAACUCCUGAGAGAUGAAACCAAAGAAAAUGGCAACCCUCCCUCUGCCAGCACAUUGGGUAUCGGUUACACAGCACAAAGGCACAGUUCAGGUUAGCCGAGAAACAGCAUCACAGCAGUGCUUUGCUGCCAAGUAAUCAGCUUUUAGAACAUCUUUGGAAAUUAGAGUGAGUUAAAAUUGCUUGUGGAUUCCAUGCCAUUCCAAAGACAAGGCCUUUAGGCCUUCUGGCAGAGGACACCGGAAGAAUGGCAGAGGCAAAACCAUGUUUUGUUCCCAGCUGCUGAAAGCCCUGGAGAUGCCAGGGUAGUCACACAGUGGCAGAUGGGCAAAUCUCUCCUCUGGCUUCACUGCAGCGGGGUUUGGGUGUCAGGAUUUGAGUGUCAAUGUAUAUUUAUUCCACCAAGUGCCUGCACAUACAACUGGUUUCUGUAUCUUCAGCUGUGAAUGUUUCAAUGCAGUGGGCUUGCUCGUCUCUCUUUUACAUCCUUGUAUUGUACAAAUCCAGGACAGUGCUCUGUUCUUUCCAUUUAUACUCAUUCUUGCAAAGAAGAUCUUAAAGCAAGAAAUGGGACAGGCAAUGGAAAAAGGAAGAGUAAAAAAGAAAGCAAGAAAGAAGCUGUAUCCAGUUAAUAAAUGUUUUGAGGUGGGGAAAUGA